CCCAGAGUGAGAGUGUCGCUGUGGCCCUAGGACCGCGGAGGGCUGGGCACAGGGUCCCCGCCUCUCGCUCACCACGCGGACCCCGCGCCUCCUCCUGCAGCCCCUGCGGCGGCAGAGCCUCGCCCACAAUCCCCACCCUCUGAUCUCCUUAGCUGUUAAAGAACAGCAACGCCUGGCACGUUCCUGGAGGACCCCGGGCGCAGAGGAGAAGGGGGCAGGCGCAGGGGAACUCGAAAGGCAGCAUGCGCCCGCCGGGGGCAGCCUCGGCGUCUACGGUCUGAGGCUGCAGCCCCAGUUCGCCAUUGUGAGCCGCCGCCUGGGGAGCUCGGCCGCGCCGCCAGCCCCCCGGGUGCCGGUCCGCGCCGCGAUGGGGCACCUGCCCACGAGUACGCGCGGCAGCCGCCGCCUUCUGCCUCUGCUUUGGCUCUUUGUGCUGCUCAAGAAUGGUACAGCAUUCCACGUAACAGUCCGAGAUGAUAAUAACAUCGUUGUCUCAUUAGAAGCUUCAGAUGUCACGAGUCCAUCCUCUGUGUAUGUUGUGAAGAUAACUGGUGAAUCAAAAAAUUACUUCUUUGAAUUCGAGGAAUUCAACGGAACUUUGCCUCCUCCUGUUAUCUUUAAGGCCCAUUAUCAUGGUCUUUAUUAUAUAAUCACUCUGGUAGUGGUAAAAGGAAAUGUGGUUACCAAGCCAUCGCGAUCCGUCACUGUGUUAACAAAACCUCUACCUGUAACCAGUGUUUCCAUAUAUGACUAUAAACCUUCUCCUGAAACAGGAGUCCUGUUUGAAAUUCAUUAUCCAGAAAAAUUUAAUGUUUUCACAAGAGUUAACAUAAGCUAUUGGGAAGGUAAAGACUUCCGGACAAUGCUAUAUAAAGAUUUCUUUAAGGGAAAGACUGUAUUUAAUCACUGGCUGCCAGGAAUAUGUUAUAGUAACAUCACCUUUCAGCUGGUAUCUGAAGCAACCUUUAAUAAAAGUACUCUCGUGGAGUACAGUGGUGUCAGUCAUGAACCCAAACAGCAUAGAACUGCCCCUUAUCCACCUCGAAAUAUCUCAGUUCGUAUUGUAAACUUGAACAAAAACGGCUGGGAAGAGCAGAGUGGCAGUUUCCCAGAGGAACCGUUCACGAGAUCACAAGAUGAAAUGGGAAAAGACAAACUCUUCCAUUUUACAGAUGAAACUCCUGAAAUUCUCUCUGGCAACAUGUCUUCCGGUUGGCCAGAUUUUAACAGCUCCGACUACGAAACUACACCCCAGCCAUACUGGUGGGACAGAGUGUCUGCAUCUCCUGACAACGAAGAUGAAUUUGUCAGUGUACUUCCCACCGAGUAUGAAAAUGAUACACUCAGGGAGACUGGGAAAUCAUCAGCCUCUUUCUCAGUUUUUCCUGUACAAAUGAUACUGAGUUGGUUACCACCAAAACCCCCCACUGCCUUUGAUGGGUUCCAUAUCCACAUAGAAAGAGAAGAAAACUUUACUGAAUAUUUGACAGUGGACGAAGAAGCUCAUGAAUUUGUUGCAGAACUGAAGGAGCCUGGGAAAUACAAGUUAUCUGUAACAACCUUUAGUUCUGCAGGAUCUUGUGAAACUCGGAAGAGUCAGUCGGCAAAAUCACUCAGUUUUUAUAUCAGUCCUUCAGGAGAGUGGAUUGAAGAACUGACCGAGAAGCCCCAGCAUGUGAGCGUCCAUGUUUUAAGCUCAACCACUGCCUUGAUGUCCUGGACUUCCUCCCAAGAGAACUACAACGGAACCAUCGUGUCUGUGGUGUCCCUCACCUGCCAGAAACAGAAGGAGAGCCAGAGGCUAGAAAAGCAGUAUUGCAUUCAGGUGAACUCAAGCAAAUCUAUUAUUGAAAAUCUGGUUCCCGGCGCCCAGUACCAGGUUGUGAUGUACCUAAGGAAAGGCCCUCUGAUUGGACCACCUUCAGAUCCCGUGACAUUUGCUAUUGUUCCAACCGGAAUAAAGGAUUUAAUGCUCUAUCCCUUGGGUCCUACAGCGGUGGUUCUGAGCUGGACCAGACCCUACUUAGGAGUGUUCAGAAAAUAUGUGGUUGAAAUGUUUUAUUUCAACCCUGCAACAAUGACAUCAGAGUGGACAACCUACUAUGAGAUAGCAGCGACUGUCUCCUUAACCGCAUCCGUGAGGAUAGCUAAUCUGUUGCCAGCAUGGUACUACAACUUCCGAGUUACCAUGGUGACGUGGGGAGACCCAGAAUUGAGCUGUUGUGACAGUUCCACCAUAAGCUUUGUAACAGCCCCAGUGGCUCCAGAAAUCACUUCUGUGGAAUAUUCAAACACUCUGUUAUAUAUCAGUUGGACAUAUGGGGAUGACACAACUGACCUCUCCCAUUCUAGAAUGCUACACUGGAUGGUUGUUGCAGAAGGAAAGAAGAAAAUUAAAAAGAGCGUAACACGUAAUGUCAUGACUGCAAUUCUCAACCUGCCCCCAGGAGAUAUCUACAACCUCUCAGUAACAGCUUGCACGGAGAGAGGAAGUAAUACCUCUACGCUCCACCUUGUCAAACUAGAACCAGCUCCUCCAAAAUCGCUCUUUGCAGUGAAUAAAACCCAGACCUCAGUGACUUUGCUGUGGGUGGAAGAGGGAGAAGCUGAUUUCUUUGAAGUCUUCUGUCAACGAGUCGGCUCUAGGCAGGAAACAAAACUCCAGGAACCAAUUUCUGUUUCUUCUCACGUUGUGACCAUCUCCCGCCUCCUCCCUGCCACUGCUUACAACUGUAGUGUCACCAGCUUCAGCCACGACAGCCCUAGUGUCCCCACAUUCAUAGCCGUCUCAACAAUGGUUGCUGAGAUGAAUCCCAACGUGGUAGUCAUCUCCGUGCUGGCCAUCCUUAGCACCCUGCUGAUCGGACUGCUGCUGGUUACACUCAUCAUUCUUAGGAAAAAGCAUCUGCAGAUGGCUCGGGAGUGUGGAGCGGGCACUUUUGUCAAUUUUGCGUCUUUGGAGAGAGAUGGGAAGCUUCCUUACAACUGGCGUAGGAGUAUAUUUGCUUUCUUAACCCUGCUACCCUCAUGUCUUUGGACUGAUUAUCUUUUGGCAUUUUAUAUUAAUCCUUGGAGUAAAAAUGGUUUAAAGAAGAGGAAACUGACUAAAUCAGGCACUGUGAACAGCAAUCCAGUCCGCACCGUGUCCAGAAGUCUCAAACCUGUUCUCUUUCAUUUUCAGGAGUUGAAAUUGAUUGGACUGGAUAUUCCACACUUUGCUGCAGACCUUCCACUGAACCGGUGUAAAAAUCGUUACACAAACAUCCUACCAUACGACUUCAGCCGAGUGAGAUUAGUCUCCAUGAAUGAAGAUGAAGGUGCGGACUACAUCAAUGCCAACUACAUUCCUGGAUACAACUCACCCCAGGAGUAUAUUGCCACACAGGGGCCACUGCCUGAAACCAGAAAUGAUUUUUGGAAGAUGGUCCUACAACAGAAGUCCCAGAUGAUUGUCAUGCUCACUCAGUGUAAUGAGAAACGGAGGGUGAAGUGUGACCAUUACUGGCCGUUCACAGAAGAACCCAUAGCUUACGGAGACAUCACUGUGGAGAUGAUCUCGGAGGAAGAGCAGGACGACUGGGCCUGUAGAUGCUUCCGGAUCAACUAUGCCGAUGAGACGCAGGACGUGAUGCAUUUCAACUACACCGUGUGGCCUGAUCAUGGUGUGCCCACAGCAAAUGCUGCCCAGAGUAUCCUGCAGUUCGUACAUGCGGUCCGACAGCAAGCCACCAGAUGCAAAGGCCCCGUGGUCGUCCACUGCAGUGCUGGCGUCGGGCGGACAGGGACGUUCAUUGCCUUGGACAGGCUCCUGCAGCACGUUCGGGAUCACGAGUUCGUGGACAUCCUCGGGCUGGUGUCCGAGAUGCGCUCUUACCGGAUGUCUAUGGUACAGACAGAGGAGCAGUACAUCUUCAUCCAUCAGUGUGUGCAACUGAUGUGGGUGAAGAAGAAGCAGCGGCUGUGCAUCAGUGAUGUCAUCUAUGAGAAUGUCAGCAAGUCCUAGCGUAGAGCUCAGAGCAGACAGGACCACGAUGCACAUCCAUCCUCACUUGCUUCCGAGUUUUUUAGGGGCUCUGGCAGCUGUUUCGCUUAAAAGAGCCCCUGUUUUGUAGUAUGUGGCCAAGGAGAUCAUUUCUCACAUAGAAGCAGCGGGAAGACUUAGCCUUAAAGAACCUGCAGUGUCUUUGGACUCUUUCACUUCUGGACUUUUAAUAAAGGACCAAAUUCAACUGAACACCACAAAGGUCCAGACGCUCUAUGAAGGGCAGGAAGCACAGCACUUCCGAAGAGUUUCCUUCACCCUUUGCUGGCUGGGCUGAAUUUUUUGUUGUCGUUGUUGUUUAAGUGCAAUAAUUUUUGUAUAUGUGUGAUUUUAUCAUAAAACUGAGUUGUGUUCUGCCCACACCAUCGAUCAAGCCCUAGCCCAGGAAGGAACAGACAUUAUCAGAAUCGAAUCAUACCUCACUGUUAACAAGAGGCACGGCCACACAUGAGGAAAGCGUCAUCCUGCUUCAAGGAAUCGGACCAGUGGUAUCUGUCUCCACCAUUAAGCUACAGGAUCAGGAGUGGGGAGGGUGGAUGGGGGAGAAAAGUGGGUCCUACCCACAAUUCAACUGCCUAUUUUUCCCAAAUAUGAACAGCUGUACAUCAGCUUCCAAGUAGAGUAGAAAAAAAUAUUUAAGUCUUAAUUAUUCUAGGUCUUGAUGGCUUUCGUCUCUAUUAAGGGUUAAGUGUUUCUUUCCGGGCCUUCUUGGACUAAUGUCGCUACCCAGGUUCUUUUUCAACACACCAGAUCUGGUUCAGGAGAGUUUGAAGUCUGACUCUUCAGACUCCAUUGCUGUCUGAGCAAUCUUGGUGCCUAUGCAUUCCUUUUUCUGUUAACCUGCAUACAGGUGAAAGCUGUUUCUUGGAGAGCUAUUUGCUGUGAAAAUACACCUCCUUCCCCUCAAAGAUCUGGAAAUUUCUGAAGUUAUGGUGAUGAACUGAAGCUACUUUUUGGGGUAAUAUCAUCAGGUGUCUCUAUGGUUCCAAUGGAGAUUUCUUUCUUUUUUCUUUCUAGUUGUCAGUUUCAUUUUAACCAGUGUAACUAGUAACAGGCUAUUCUUUGGAUUUUGUAUACUUACAGUACAUGACUGUGUGUUGUGACAUGAAUGCGGUCAAAAUGGACACCGAAGGCAUCAUGCAGCCUGUCUCUUAGUGUCACUUCCUGAGAAAUAAGAUGUGAUGGAAUGGAUAUACAAAGGAAAAAUUGGGGGUUGAAAGUAAACCCAAGCUGGCUGCUUCACUGUG